UUUAAUAAACCGUUGUGUCAGAGUGCAGUUCCCACUUUGGUACAAGGAGACCAGGCUCGCUGUUCAUCUCAACCCGAUCCAGUCCAAGGAGGAGGGAGAGGAGUGGGGUGGAACACAAUGGAAUGAGAAUUGUAGGAAAAUGACUUUGCGAAGAGUGAAAAAGUUGAGCCGUAAGGAGGAUUACGGCAGCGCGGAUCCCGGGGCUGAGAGUGCAAUUUACAAAGGCAGCAGUGAAACUUACAAAACCGGCGCGGAAACUUACAAGACCUCCGAGCUUUACAAGACCCUCGCCUACUCGGGGGGCACGUUACCCCGCAACCACAAGCAGAGGUCGUUAAUGAAAUGGAAAACGCUGACAGACUCUCCUGAGCAUGAAAGGAGGAUUAUUACCUUAGAAAAGCAAGAUGGCGAAGCCUUCGGAUUUGAAAUUCAGACGUAUGGCCUGCAUCAUCGAGAUGAGAACGCAAUGGAAAUGUGCACAUUUGUGUGUAGGGUCCGGGAAAACACUCCAGCCGAGCUGGGAGGAUUGAGACAAGGUGACACAAUCACCAGCAUCAAUGGGACACUCGUCAAUGGAUUCCGUCACCGAGAUAUUGUGGAUCUUAUCAAGUCAUCGGGAAAUUGCCUGAGGCUGGAGACUGUGUAUGGAACCUCCAUCAGGCGAGCAGAGUUGGAAACCAGACUGCAGUACCUGAAGCAAACACUGCAGGAGAAGUGGGAAGAGUACAGGUCACUAAUGGUCCAGGAACAGAGACUGGUGCACGGGAUUGUGUCAAAAGAUCCGAGUGUUUAUGAUGCUAUCGAAUCGGUCAGAGCCAGCCUCUUUGGUCAAGGCCGCUCCCCCAGCCCUUCCACCCAGAGGCAGCCCCGUUCCAGUGGCAGUACCUGCAACAGCGCCAUGGAGGGCAAUGAUGAGCCCAUUUAUCAGACUUGUAUCUUUGACCCCUUAGACACGGGCAGCGACGACAGCCACAGCACCCACAGCAACGAGGUGGUGCUCGCCAAGAAGGCGCUGACGAGGAGUGUGAGCGCCAAGGCUGGCCAUAAUGGAGUCUCCUCUUCCUCUUCCCCCUCCUGGGAGAAAUGCAACAACCAGACUGCUUUUGGGACACUGCCAAGGAAGUCCAGGAGAAAAAGCUUGCGGAAGAGGCUGCUGAAGUAUAUCCCUGGGCUCAACCGAUCUGUGGAAGAGGAAGAAAGCCAAUUGUAGGCAAAGUGACGGCACAUUUAUUUAUUGUGUUCUCCAUUUUCAACGCUAAAAUUAUACAUGACAGCCGCUAGAAGUAUUAUGGACAGGGCACCAGCAAAGGCAAGGUGACCAAACUGCUUACAUUUAAUGCCUUCACACAGCAGGUGGUUUGGGGAAGGCGGUGCGGGUUGUGAGAGUUAAGUGUAAUCGUUUUUGACCUUUUGAGAUGAAUCGGGUGCACUGCAAUGGUUGUGUGCACUCUUUGUGGUCCUCUGUAAAAGAUUACUUUAACUAUUCCUUUCCAGUUGUUUUCCCCGCCCCCCCUCCCACUCUCCUAAACUGCAAGGGAGAAAAAUUGUAAGGUUAAGGGGAAAGAGCAGGGGAGUGGAUGAGUUGGAUAACUCUUGCAAAGGACCAGCGUAGGCUUGAUGGGCUGAAUGGCCUCCCUUGCUGCAUCAUUCUAUGAUUCUGUCUCACCUAAAAGGCACAGACUCCCACCCCAGUAAGGUUCCACAAGUGCCAGCAGCCCUUGGUACCUUUCCCAACUGGCUGUUCUUCAAGUGUGGGCCUAGGCAAUGCUUACCCCCUUCCAGCUCCACAUCCUGUGCUCGCCUGACAUCCGCACCCACUCCAGCAACCGUUAGCGCACAGUGACCAGGAGCAGGUAGCCGAGCCCCCUUUUCCUCCCCCCUCCAUUUGCAAUGGCCUCUCCCCAACCCAUUCGCAGCCCUGGCUGAACUUGGCUCAGAUCAGGGACCAAACCCGAGACCUUUCCUGAGCUGAAAGGCUCAAUGGCACGUUCCCCCCCGCCCACACACACACAAGGAUAUUCACCCAUUGAGCCAAGCUCUCACCCUUCUCACUUGCUCUGCCCAAAUUCUUUUUGCUGCAGUGCAGAAUUUUGGCCUUUUCAGUUUUCUGGAUUCCGACCUGUGUAAUCUGUUCCAUCACAGCUCUGACGCACUGUUGGGCAAGCUGUAAACAAUCUGUCUAGAGGUUUCUAGCCUCAGUCGUUCCACUUUCAGUUCCACAUGAGGAGAAGGAACUUGAUAUUUGAUGGCUGUUUUAGCAUUGCUGCCUUGUUAGCUGUUUCGAGCUUUUUUUUCCCCUCUUCCCUCACAACAGUCUUUCUCCUUUUUCACUUUGGCCAUUGCCUGACAGUCCAAAUUAACUCUCCCUCAACGAGAAAGGAUUAACAGCAACUUGCAGCCUUAAGAUUGGGGGGGGGAGGAGGGGGGAAGUCCCAAGGCACGUUUGCAGGGGCGCAGGUCAGAAAUAAAUGAAGUUUGAGGCGAUAUUAGGGGCAGAAUUUUACGCCGCCUCCUGCUGGGAUUUUCCGGUCCUGCUGAAGUCAAGGCACUUCUGAACGGCUCGCUGUAUUUUUUCGUACCCCACCCCCACCACUCCAGGGCUGGAAAAUUCCCCCCAAGGAGUGAGCUCACUCAGAGGUUGGCUGUGAGGAGAAACUGGAUCAUAGGCUGCGUGGUAACUGGGUGAGGUCAGCGGGGUGGGGUUUGGACUGACAGCCUCUCUGUUUUCAAUAGGCUAUGUAUCUUCACAAACAUUUUGGUUUUGACCCUCUCCAUUUAAAAGUCAGAACCCAUUUCUCAAUGUCCGAUUCUUAAUUGGGACGCUUGGCCAUUAGGAUGACUGACACUCAAACAAACUCAGCUGCUUUUCCAGCUCCACCAUUGAACCACCUUCCUAUUCCAAGUUAAACCUAUUUCAAGCUGUUUCAGUUUAAUGGGAACCCACAAGCAAUGAGGUGUACAUACUAUAAUUGAACUUCAAACCUGCUGCUGGCAUAAAUCUGUACAGCGAACAUUUUGCUCCUCUUGUCUGAGAUCUGCCAUGGCUAUUUCCCAAUUUUCAUCUCGGAUUUUUCCCCUCUUGAAGACACUGGGGUUGAUUUUCUUUUUAAAUUCUUUUUGUCUGCACUUUCUGGGCGAUACUAACCGAGUGAAAACCACACAGGAUCUGUAACGGGCAGGCGACCCACUCUGCCAGUUUACCACCCAGGCAGCGAUGACAAAGAAUUGCUCUACUGACUCCUGUUGGGGCUCCCCAGUUGUUGAUAGACCCUUCCCCUACCCACACAGUGUCUCAACCAAAGGUUGUCAUGCACAUCCUUAGGCGGUGAUUGUCAGCUGGCUAUUCGACUGUGGGAGCAUCCACCAACCAGGCCCUUUUUUUUCCCCCCUGUCCUUAAUAGCCUGUCCGAGAUUUGUUUUAUCCAGUAGGGCUCGAUGGAAGCACUGACUGAUUUUCUCCUUUUCUCUGGCCCAAGGGCAUUGAGGCCAAUUGCAGCCAUUCCACUGCUGCCAUCUUGGUUGACACCAACACCAUUUGGAAGACCUUUUCCACAACUAGUUGCACCCCGAACACAGCCUUAUAGAUAUAUAUAUAGAGAGAGAGAGAGUCUGCAGGACUUAGCUCUUAGCUUGCAGAUUGAGUGCCUACUCCCAAGGUUUGGCAAUCAAAUUAGUUGUUUUGGUUCAAACAGCAGGACUGGUUUGGUGGAACUCCACAAAGAUUUUGGAUCUAUAUCAUUAAGUAAUACUGACUAGAACGGAGCAGCAGGUCUAGCCAUGGUAAGAGCUUGAGUUUAUUGCAGGACUGAAGGGGUUAAAAGGAGCAGUAACUGGAGGGACUGGUAGGUUUUUACUGCAUGUCUAAGCUGACUGCCUCACAACAGAGCUGGUCUGUAAAUAGCCCUGCAGUAGCGUCUGUAUUCAGUGACCACAAAGGCUUGAAGACACCGGUUAUGUGAGAAAGAAAUAUAUUGCUGACAGUACAUGCUGUGGGAACUGCCAGUUUUCAGACCAGAAUCUUUCAAAAACUUGAAACGCAGUCAAGACAGGAAAUAAAGUG